AUGGCUGAUUCUUUGACCGAAGAGCAAGUGUCCGAGUACAAGGAGGCCUUCUCCCUGUUUGACAAGGAUGGCGAUGGACAAAUCACCACCAAGGAGCUUGGCACCGUCAUGCGCUCGCUGGGCCAGAACCCCUCCGAGUCCGAGCUGCAGGAUAUGAUCAACGAGGUUGAUGCCGACAACAAUGGCACCAUCGACUUCCCCGAGUUCCUCACCAUGAUGGCUCGUAAGAUGAAGGAUACCGAUUCUGAAGAGGAGAUCCGCGAGGCGUUCAAAGUGUUCGAUCGUGACAACAAUGGAUUCAUUUCCGCCGCCGAGCUGCGCCACGUCAUGACCUCUAUCGGCGAGAAGCUCACCGACGAUGAGGUUGAUGAGAUGAUCCGCGAGGCGGAUCAGGAUGGUGACGGCCGGAUCGACUACAACGAGUUCGUCCAGCUCAUGAUGCAAAAAUAA